CGGAUAUAUAAAAAAAGAAUUUUUUUUAAAUAAACUUUACAAUUUACGCUGUGAUACGGGUAAAGUACAAUUAUUCAGAAAUCACCGAACAUGCUAACUGGCUAAAUAAUUUCUUUUAAUUUACAUAAAGAAAUCUAACUGUUUAGUUUCUUUUAUUUCCACAUAAAAAAAAAAAAAAAAGAAAGAAAACAAACAAAUCUGUUUUUCAUUAAUUAUAGUUAACUAAAUUUUCACACAAAAGGCACAUUUUAAUUACAUUAAUUUUCUUUUAUUUCGUUUGCUUUCUAGUAGAAUUAAAUAAAUAAUACGUACUAAUGAGAUUUAUUUAACAUGAAUAUCGAAAUUUCGAAAUAUUUUAAAGAAAAACAAAAGAAACUCACAUACCCGGUAAAUUUGUUUGAAGCAUUUAUAAUUAGCGCCAAAAUUGCAUUUUCAACAAUGGAUAUUAAACACGGUAGCUGGGUUUUAAUUAGUGCCUCGUAUUACGUAAUAUCGGAUAUUCCAAAGAAAAUCAUUAGAAUCUAAUUAUUCGUAAUUCUUAAAAAGAAAAAAGUGUUAAGUGCAUUCUUAAUUAUUUCUAAUUGUUCAGAUAACGAGAAUUAAACAUGGAGAUAAUAGAAAUUCCACCUGUUGCACUAAACGUUUUUGAUACGGUUUUAAAUUCGUUGAAUGAACAUGCAUCAUGCAUAGCUAUACGUAUUUAUAAUAAAGAGAAAAAAAUUCAAGUAGUAGAUAAUGGUAUAGGAAUAUCUGUACAUGCAUUAGCAGGUUUAGAAGAUACUGGAAAAAAUAAUAUUCAUGAUUCACAAUUACAUUAUAAUUUAAGAUACGAUAAUUUGAAGAACAUAUUUAAGAAUUUUUCUGUUAUUUCUAUUUCAUCGAGAUGUCAGAAUUCUGUGGAAACCAAUACAAAGAUUUAUAGGAAAGGUUUAUCUCCUAUUAUAUUAAAAGUAACACCUAGACCAUCAAUUGGUACAACAGUAACCAUAUAUAAUUAUUCUAACACUGUAUAUGCUCAUAAACAAACUAUAUCUAUGGUAUGCUUUUUAAUAGCAAAUAUUUCUUUAAAUAAUCCUAAGAUUUCCUUCUCUCUUAGAGAUGAAGAUAAUAUAUUUUUACAAAUCACUAAAGAUAGAGAAUCAAAGAAAAUUUUAAAAAUGCUAUAUGAAGAAUAUAUAUUACAAGAUUAUAUAUGGGCUAUACCAUCUACUAAUGUGUUAACUAUUCAAUACCAUGGUUACAUUGGAUUGAUUAAAACAGAAGAAAAAGCUUUACAUUACAUUUACUUAAAUAAUAGACCAGUCUAUUGUACUACAAUUAUAAAUACAAUACUGGAUUACUUCAUUCAACAUCUAAGUUACCAUAUGAGAAUGUGCAAUGUCAGUAAAGAAACAAUAUUUUUCAUGUUUUUUAUUAAUUGUCCGACAACAGAAGUUGUUGUUACUACAAAAAAUGAUAAAAGAUUUAUGUUAUUAUACAAAACACGUGAUGUUUUAGAUAGUGUCAGACAAUUUAUAAAUAAUAUUUUCCUAGAUGAAUUUUUCAUUAAGCAAUUAUAUGAAUAUAUUCAAUUUCACAUACCGAAGCGAAUACAAAAAAUUGAUAAAUCUGCAGAAUCUCAAAAGGUACACAAUGUUUUACCUUUAUCUCUCUACAAAGUAGAUCGCUUAGAGAAAAUUCAUAAGACUAAAAAAUCUAUUUUAUAUAAUACUAAUAUUAAUCAUAAUCCCAUCACAGUUUUUUAUACCAAAUAUGGAAUGUUUCUUUAUGAAAGUAUAAAACAAGGAAGAUCGGUAGAAAAUUAUAUAAUUGAUAUAGAACAUUUGAAAACAGGUACUUUUACAGAAAAAAAGCAAAAAUUGCAAAAUAUAAACUAUAAUUGUAAUCAAUAUUGUUCUGAGGAAAAUAUUACUUCUAACAUUUCUAAUAAUUAUAAUUCAAAAGAGAACGUAGAAUAUAUAAAUUGUGUAAAUUCCAAUUCAAUUAAUAAUGUAGAACAAACAUUGUCUGAUGCAAAACAAAAACAUAACAUAGAAAAAACUGUUCAUGUAGAAGAUUAUAAUUGCUCUCUUUCAGAGUGGUCUGAUUGGAGUUAUCAUACAAACAAAGUAAAAAGUGAUAAAAUAGAAAUGCAAAAUACUCCUUACAAGUUGAAAAACAAAAAUGAAAGUAUUGAGAAAUAUUACAAAGUUUUUGAUUUUCUUCCACAAAAGUUAAAUAAUCUUGUUCAAUUUAGACCUAUUAAAUUAAUAAAAACACCUUCAUUCAAUAGUAUUGAUACAAGCAUACUUUUUAAUGAGUUAACAUAUAAUUAUCAAGAAAAUGAAAAACAACAUCAAGAUGUAAAUAUACAUCCGUGCAAAUUUAGACAAUAUUUUUAUGAAUUUAGAUUAAAAAGAACUGCAUUAGAAUUUAUAAAGGUAUUAAAUCAAGUUAAUAAUCAAUUAAUAGCAGCCAUAAUGAUGUAUGAUAAUAUAGAAUUAUUGUUAAUGAUGGAUCAACAUGCUGUUCAUGAAAGAAUAAGAUAUGAAAAUUUACUUAAUGAUUAUAAAACAUCAGAUCAUAAAAGUUUUCAAACUAAAAAAUUGUCAAUUCCAAUAAUAAUAGAAGUAACAGUAAAUAUAUGCACUUUGCUUCUAUGGAACAAAAAGUCAUUAGAUAAAUUUGGAAUAAAGUUAACUGCAAUUAAUGGGAAUACUUUAAGCAUAUACAGUAUACCAAAAUGUUUCAUAACGAAUAAACAAUAUUAUAAUGAUGUAAAAUUGACAAUGAUAAUUCGGAAUUUGCUAAAUGAAAUUGUAGACAAUAUUAUGAAUGGAAAUGGUAUAAAUUUUUUACCUUUAUCUAUUCACAAUGCCAUAUCAACAGAAGCAUGUCAUGGUAUUUAUUAUUUGUAGAUAUUAUAUUUUGUAUUAACUGCAGAGAAAAUGAUUAAAAGAAUACAAUUUAUAUAAAGUAUUUGCUUUAUAUCUUCUUAGGUGCCAUAAAAUUUGGUGAAUUGCUAUCUGUACAACAAUGUAUAGAACUUUUUGAUGACUUAAAAACUACAAAAUCUCCAACUCGAUGUGCACAUGGACGACCUUCGAUAAUACCUGUAAUUGAGCUUUCAGAAUUAAAAAGAAGAUGUUAUAAAAAUACAAAGGUACUCUCACUUCUUAUUUUAUAUAAUUGCUUCUUGAAUGGAUAAAGAUAUCUAUUAUGUUUAUUCAAAUCAAUCUCAUGUGCAAUUUUAUUUAAUUUUUUAAUAAUAAUUUAAACAUAUUGCCGAUUACAGUACUUUUUAUUAGAUUAUGUUAAGCAUACUGCAUGUUUUCUCAUAAUUAUUUCAUUUAAUUAUACAAGUAUUUACUAUAAAUGUUGAUACCUAUUUAAAAUAAUUUCUAAGAAGCCAUUUUUUCACACCUCUGCUUAAUUAGGGAUAUGAAUUAUAAUCUAGAAAUAAGAGAUUAUUCCAAAAAAAAAAAAAAAAGAAAAAAUUAUUUUU